UUGGGUGUGGUUUUUUUUUUUUUUUUUUUUUUUUUUUUUUGUCUUGUUAUCAAAGCCACCUUGGACCCCGAAAGACAGACAUACAUUCAAACAGACAGGGAGUCGUACAUCACCGUCGCAUGUUCCGCCUGUUUGUCCCUUUUCUACCAACUGCGUGUCCACUCAGCAAGCCUGCCCCCGCAGCACCCAGGCCAGGAUUUUUUUUGAAAAAAUAAAAAAUAAAAAUAAAAAAAAAAGGAUACCGAAUAUUCCGAACAGGACUAUUUUUUUUCCCCUUCUGGUUAUACGACUUGUACAAGUCUUUUUGCGCAACACCCUCCAGAGUGCGACCCCACCGAUAAAUUGCCUGCCCGCCUUUGCCCAGCUUAGCAAGCAGACCGCAUUCCUGUCCGGGUCAGGUGCCUGUGCCAGCCGAGGCUCCGCAGACCCGCACAGCGUCGUUUGUGUUCAAGCUGCUUGUGUGUCUCUAAGUCCCGCCCCGGGUCCGGAAUCACUGCUUUCGCUUUUCGUCUCCACCCCUGUGCGAGCCGGUCACCGCUUCUUUUCUGCAGCGGCGGAGCACUCUUCUUCGUUCCUAGGCCGCACCCUGCGCUGCAUCCUUCGUCCCGGCCGUCGGUCGGCUUUCUGCAACGCGUUGGAACAAGCCUCACCCCCGGAGUUCAAGUGAGAAUAGACACCCCCACUCACACAGUGGGGCCAUAUCACCAUGGCUGCCAUCAUCAAAGGCCUUUACGACUGGUUGCUCAGAACUUUCUGGGCAACCGAGAUGGACGUGACCAUGAUUGGACUACAAAAUGCCGGCAAGACAUCUUUGCUACGAGUUCUUUCGGGUGGCGAAUUUACCAUAGACACGAUCCCCACUGUUGGCUUCAACAUGAAGAAGGUGCAAAGGGGUCAUGUCACAAUGAAAUGCUGGGAUAUGGGGGGACAGGAACGGUUCCGCGGCAUGUGGGAGAGGUAUUGCCGUGGCGUGACAGCGAUUCUAUUCAUCGUGGAUGUGGCCGACUUUGACCAGAUACCAACAGCCAAGCAACACCUGCACUCAUUGAUGGGAUGCGAGUCUCUUGUGGGUAUCCCGCUUCUGGUACUUGGUAACAAAUCCGAUCUACCGGACAAGUUAUCGGUCGACGAGCUGAUUGAUGCCAUGGACCUGAAAAGCAUAAACACGCGUGAGGUGUCUUGCUAUGGAAUCAGCGCCAAAGAGGAAACGAACCUGGAUGCGGUUAUCCAAUGGUUGAUGAAGUACUCUAGCAAAUGAAGUCCUCUCUUUUUUUUUGCCAUAUUUUCUUUGGGGUUUCUGGAGGGGUGUAAGUGUGCGAUCCUCUUGUUCUUGUCGGGUUGAUAACAGAACGACGAUUGCAGCAGUGGAAUACUUUGCUGUAUUUUUCUUUUGGGCUUGCUUCAUGGUUGGGCGUUUUCAUAUGGGAAUGCGGGCAUAUUGUAAAGCCGGAUAUUGCGAAUUUGAUGUUUAUUUUUGCUUUCCCCUGCUUAAUCGGCUAGUAAUGGCUCCAGUUGGUGACAGAGAUAAUGAGCGCUUUAAGAAGAUAAAAAAAAAAAAAAAAAACAAAGAGCGUCCGAUAUAUCGGCUGGUGGCCGCGGUCCUAGGAUGUGUCAAUUGUGACCUGAAGUACACACGUGUGUACUGCCCGGCUAGAUUCGAG